AGACAAGGUUUCACCAUGUUGGCCAGGCUGGUCUCGAACUCCUGACCUCAGGUGAUCCACCUGCCUCACCCUCCCAAGGUGCUGGAAUUACAGGCGUGAGCCACAGGGCUGACCCCAGCCUUUGGUUGGGACCACUGGCUGUGACCCCAGAUCAUGGGGGUGGAGUGCAGGGAUUGCAGGGCCUGGAAUCCAGCGGGACCUGACUGUGGGCCAACGGUUUACUGUGUGCCUCAGUGGCUGGUGGUGCUGCUGCUUUUCCUGGGGUGCAGAUGAAAGGCAGCUCUUCAGUGGAGUUGUCUGGGUGGUGGGAGUCUGUGAGGCACCUGCCCUGGGGCUGGCUGUCCCCACCCAGGGUAUGAUGCCCUUGCCGGCCUCUGAGGGGUGCUGCCCUGCCCUGGGCAGUGGGGGGCUGCUGGCCUAUGUGCCGGGGGGGAGCUGCCUGGCAGGCACAGGCCCGUUUAAGUUGUCCAUUGGCAGAAGCGGCAGGUGCACCGUCUUGCAAGCUGAGCUUGGGGCAGACUGCUGUGUGCUGUUGCAGCCGCGCCUAGGCUGCUUUCCUGGAGGGUGGGGCAUCCCUUCUCAUCCUCACACCUGCCACCCGUGGGACUUGGCGCUGCAGUCUUUCCUCUUCGUGGAGCACCACCUGGCCUGGCUCCUACCUGUCUGGCUGCCCUUUCCUCUCCCCUCUGCCCUCCUCCCCUUCUGGCUCUCUGCCCAGCUGGAGCAUGUCAGUGUCCCCAGGGCUCAGUCCUAGACACCCAGGGCCGUCCGCCCUCACCUGCUGUGGGACUUCACCUCUACUCCCAAGGCCUCGCUCUCUGAUCCUUAGACCCAAGUGCCACCCUGACAUCUGCCCUUCCUGCUAACAUCACCUCCUGGCCAGCACCAAGCCCCAGACUGGGCUCCUCCCUGCCUCUCCCCCUGUGCAGCGCAGAUCCUGGGUGGCCAGGGGCUGUUGCAUCUCUCACUGUUGUUGGCUGAGCCCCUUCUUGUCAACUUUCCUUUCCUUCCCGCCUCUCCACCAGCUUUUCCCAUAGGUGCCACCUAGGUGGUCUUUGUGAAGCCAGGGACCCCAGCAGCUGCCUGGACCCUCCUCCCUCAGCUUUCUCAUGGGUGGAGGCUAUGCCUGGCGCUGGGGCCACACUUGACUCAGGGAGCACCCAGCCUCCCGGGAGCCUGCUGUGGACAUUGCACUCGGGCAGCCUGGUCUAGGGUCCGGCCACCCAUGGGAGCGUUGGCUGGGGCUGCGUGGGGGAUGGGAGGCAGGUAGCUGUGUGCAGGGAGGAGGGAGAGGCAGGGCUGGGCUCAGCUCACACCUCCAUCUGGGCAGGUUGGGGCUGGCUGCUUGGCCCUUUGUCCCGGGUGGAGGCCAGGCCCUUUGGUAACCAAAGCUGGGUGUGCACAGGCAGGGUGAGUGGAGCAAGAAUAAAAGGGUCCUGAGAAGCCAGGAGGCUCUGCUGGGAGGCUGCGCUGAGCCGGGACCCACCUGCGGGCUCUCUGUUGGCUGCACCGGGCAAAGUCCCUGAUAGGCUGCAUUGCCAGCCCCUGGCCACACCCUCUGCCCAUCCUGCGUCCUGGGGUCUUCAGGCUGCCCACAGCAUGAGUCACGGGGUGUCCUGUGACCCACUGACCUGUCUCCACAGUGGGAGGGGAGGGCUGUGCACCAGCCCAGCUGAGGAGACCUGGGGAGGCAGGACGUGACCAGAGCCCUGGGCCCCAGCUGAGGGCAGAUGGGGGCUGCCUGUCCACCCCCUGCCCCGCACUGCCUGGCCAGGCUGUACCAGGCUCAGGGCCCAUGUGCACCCAGCCCCCGCAGCCCCCCUGCUGGGACUGGUCAUGUGCAUGAGCGAGGGCACUAAUCCUGCAGCCCUGGCAGCCAGCCCUUCUGUGUUCUCAGCCAUGGGGGCUGGGCCUGGAGGGCUUUGGGGUCAUCUGGGUUAGCUCCACGUAUCCAGGGCGACUGGAAGCCCCAUUUGCUGCUGGACUUUGGGGCUGUGGGAGACCUCUGGCCCACCAGCCCCGUCCUGCCUUGAGCACCUCCACCUGGGGUAUCUGUCCCAAAGCAUGAGUCUGGGAGGGCUGGGUGACCCCAUCCCCAAGUGGGCUGGCAGUGGGUGGGUGUUUGUAGGGUCUGUCCCAGCCUCUCCCUGCCUGACCUCCUGUGGGAUGGGCGUUGGAGGGCCAGGUGGGCCUAGCCACAGGCAGGGCAGUUAAGGGACAGGAGCUGGUGCCUUUCUCCUUGUUUUGUCUGACCCAGGUGGCCUCCCCCUCCCCCACUCAUCCGUGCAGACAGCUGGGGUGCCGAGGCCUAGGGUAGGGAUGCAAGCAGGCAGCUGAGUUGCCCGGCAGGGCUCUUUGUGAGCUGUGCUGAGAAGGGAAGCUGGAGGUUUGGGCACAAAGGGUGGCCCCCCGGCUGUGGGAGGUGGGGAUGUUCAUGGUGAGAAAGGACCCAAGGGUACGCUUGGCUGUGGGCCGUGUGGCCACUGCGGGAGAGGGCAUGAUGGCGGGAGGGUGUGCCUGUGGCCCUGUCCUGGCAGCCCUGUGUGGCCUCAGCUGCUUCCUGAGAGGCUGUCUCAUCCUACUGUGCCUGGCUGUGGUGGUUCUCUGCCUGGGGCCCGGCUCCUGCCUCUGGGUCCUUCUAGGGGAGGAGGAGGAACUUGAGCUGCUGGUGUCCUGUGCCUGGGAAGAGUUUAAUAUUUCGAGCUCCGGCAGGGCCGCUCCCAUCUGCUGCAGGUGGGGGCCGCUCAUCUUCAUGGGGGACCACUGGGGCUGGGCUGAGUGCAGCUGAGCGGUGGGAGCUCGGCUGUUGUGGGGAGCUUAGCCCCAUGCAAGCCCCGAUCAGGGGAGGUGGAGAGUCCUGACCAUUGGUCCCCAGUGCUCCCAUUGCCCCUGGGAACCAGCAGCCCUGCCUGGGCUUCAAGGCCACUGGGAAAAGGAAAGCAUUUGCACAGAUGUGAAACCCUGCAGCCUACGAAGUGGGGAUGGAGGACGAGGGCCAGAGGGACAGCAGGGUGACGAAGGGGUCAUUGCUGGGGUCGCUGGCACCCAGGCUCAGUGGAGGUGGCUCCUCACUCUGCACAGCCUCAGGCCAACUCUCAACUAUGUUAGGUGGGUGAUGGUGCCUGGGGCUACCGGCCAGCCUUGACGCCCGUGCUCUGCCGGAUUGUCCAGGCAUCCAGUAAGCCAGGACAUGAACUUGGCUUUAGAGAGAGGCCCCAGACACCAGCAGGAGCUGCCUGGAGCCUAGAGUGCAAGACCCCUGAGGGGACAGCCUCUCUUCCGCCCUGUUCCUGCUCUAGAGCUGCUCGGUGGGAGGGGAUGUGUGCACCCCAGUGUCCCCCCAGCUGGUGCUCUGCCCAGACAGCAGAGCAGGAGGGUCCUGAGAUGGUAGCCCCCGGAGCUGGUUUAGAGGCUUCCGGGGACCCAGAGGCUUUGGGCUUCUGGUCCUGAUCGGAGUUUGCUCCCUGGCUGGGAUGGGGAGGGGAAGUUGGCCCCCAGGGUGGAGGGAAUGGAUGCCUGCAGGGUCCAGCUGGAGAGGUCUUCGCCCACCUCCUGGAGCCCCUGAAGGGUUGAUGGUGCAUCCGGCACGUCCGGCGCCCCACUUGGGUCAGCCUCAUCCUGAGGGCUGGACCUGAGCCCCUGGCAUUGCUGUGCCCAUGUGGGCCCUCAGCCCUCGUUCAUGUGACUCUCACUCCCAGAUGAAGAUCUCCUUCAAUGACAAGAGCCUGCAGACCACAUUUGAGUACCCUUCCGAGAGCUCCCUAGCACAGGAGGAAGAGGUGGAGCAUGAGGAAGACGAGGAGGAGGAGGAGGAGGAAGAGGAGGAAGAGGGUUCCGGCUCAGAGGAGAAGCCCUUUGCACUCUUCCUGCCCCGGGCCACGUUUGUGAGCAGCGUGAGGCCUGAGAGCUCUCGGCUGCCAGAGGGCAGCUCAGGCCUGUCCAGCUACACCCCGAAGCACUCUGUGGCCUUCAGCAAGUGGCAGGAGCAGGCGCUAGAGCAGGCCCCAAGGGAGGCAGAGCCCCCGCCCACGGAGGCCAUGGUGAGCUGCAGGGGAGGGAAGCGCUUGGGGGAGUCUGAUGCUUGGGCGAGCCCAUGUGUCCACAUUCUGUUCUCUCACUUUCAGCUCACACCCGCCAGUCAGAAUGACCUCUCGGACUUCCGCAGCGAGCCAGCCCUUUAUUUCUGAGCCCAGCACUGCCAGGACCAAGGCUGAGCCCCAGCUGUGGGAGUCCCGGAAGCUGGGCAGUAGCCAGGGACUACUGCACCCGCUUCUGCCUUGUCUGGCCUCACUGUAUUCCACCCACCCCUCCUGGCCCUGGAAGCAGCCAGGGUGCCUCCUGCCAUCGGGACCAGGUCUGGGUCUCACUCCCCGGCCCUGGUUUGGGAGGGCCCAGGUGGGGAGUGGCGUGGGGAACUGCCUGUGGGUGAGGUCAGGGGCCUGCUGGGUGGUGGUCAUCUGCAACCUGGCAGGGGACUGUGCAGAUUCUACACCUGGCAGUUCCCUGUCCCGUCUCCUCAGCCUGCCUCCCAGCGGCCAUGGGGUGUCUGGGGUGAAGGGCUGUCCCAGCUACUUAUCCUCUGCAGGAUCCUAAGCCCUGCCCGCAGCCCCCAUGCCCUCUGUGAUGAGUGGCAUCUUUCCUGCCUCUGACGAUGGACUCAAUAAACAGCACUGGACAAGGCU